AUGGCUUCAUCAACACCUGUCAACGGCAGCGGACCGAGCGGAGCUCAAGUCGCCGCCCACAAGCUGCUCGGCCAGAACCUGCCAGGACAAAAUCGCGGGCCGUCGCCGCAUGCCUCACAUCUGAGCAUCCCCGGCUCGGGAAACAGCACGCCGCGAAUCAUCCCACAAGAAGGCGCGGGUGGUUCAGGCUAUGUGGCGCCCGUGUUCGAGGGCAAAGAGAAGCAGAUGGAGGCUGUCAUGGACGGUAUAGAGGAGAAGGGCUUCAUGCCACCGGAGCUUGUGGAAGCCGAGACGCGGUGGUUCUACGACCAGCUGGGCAUUGACGACAUGUACUUUGCUACCGAGACGGUCGAGGCAAUUUGCAACCACAUCCACUCGCUAUACGCUGCAAAGAUCGCCGCAUACGCUCGCGACGACAAGGUCCCAGACAUCCGGCUCGACAAGGAGGCCGAGGACCAUGCCGUGUACAUUGACACCAGCAAGCCCGGUAUUUCGGUCAUAGGCGGCCCACAGUAUGAGCAGCGCAUCGACAAGAAGUACCUCAACCCAAAGGGGAACACAACAUACCGCGUAGAGAGCUUCCGCUCGGAAACACCACUGCCGGGUAGUCAAGACCAGCAAUUGCGAUGCUACUUUAUUUACCAGUGCGAGUUUGAGAACCCCAACGCUCCUGCGACCGAGACCAACAUCGACGUCAUUGGAGACAAGCGCUUCUUGCAAAAGGCUACUAAUAACACCCGGGCCAUCUACCAGGAGAUCCUGCAGAUCGCCAGCACACGAACAGGUCCCGUCAUUGAGUUCUUCGACAUUGAGGGCUCGAGGGACAAGCGGCUGGUCGUGGCCUACAAGCAGGGCUCAGCGCUGGGCCUUUUCAGCGCACUCAGCGACCUCUACCAUUACUACGGUCUGACUACUUCGCGAAAGUAUGUCGAGCAGUUCUCCAACGGAUACACGGUCAUGUCGCUGUAUCUCCGCCAGCUGCCCGGUACCGAGGCGAGCAAGCACCCCAACAUCGAAGCCAGUAUCCACCAGAUUAUCAAGGAGGUUUCGUUGCUAUACUGCAUCCCGCAGACAAAGUUCCAGACUUUGUUCGCCACAAGCAGGCUGAGUCUGCAGGAGACAGUCUACGCGCAUUGCGUGUGGGUGUUUGUCACACACUUCCUCAACCGUCUCGGAAAUGAGUACACGGCUCUGGCGAGCAUUCUGAACACGGAGAACAGCGCUCACGCAGAAUUGCUUAGCAAGCUGAAGCGAAGAUUGCGUGCCGAGACUUUCACUGCAGACUACAUCCUCGAGAUCAUCACCAUGUACCCUGAAUUGGUGCACACUCUGUACCUCUCAUUCGCGCAGGCACACUACGUGCAGACACGUGGACAGCAGGAUGACUUCAUCCCGACGCUGAGCUACCUUCGUUUGACUUUCGAUAAAGUCCAGACCGAUGAGCAGUUGACUGACACCAUCAACAAGGCCGCUAUUAACGAGCAUCACGCCAUGGUCAUGGACUCUUUCCGCAUCUUCAACAAGUGCAUCUUGAAGACCAACUUUUUCACACCCACAAAGGUUGCCAUCAGCUUCCGCCUGAACCCCAUUUUCCUGCCAGCGUCCGAGUACCCUCAGCCGCUGUACGGAAUGUUCUUGGUCAUUGGUUCCGAGUUCCGUGGUUUCCAUCUGCGAUUCCGUGAUAUUGCUCGUGGUGGUAUCCGUAUUGUCAAGUCGAGAAGCCAGGAAGCGUACUCCAUCAACGCUCGCUCGUUGUUUGACGAGAACUACAACUUGGCCAACACACAACAGCGCAAGAACAAGGAUAUUCCUGAAGGAGGCUCAAAGGGUGUUGUGCUGCUCGACUUCAACCACCAAGACAAGGCACGGGGCGCUUUCGAGAAGUACAUUGACAGCAUCAUCGAUCUGCUGCUGCCACCCACGAGUCCUGGUAUCAAGGACCCUAUUGUCGACCUGCACGGCAAGGAGGAGAUUCUCUUCAUGGGUCCAGAUGAGAACACUGCAGACCUUGUUGACUGGGCAACUGAGCACGCGCGCGCCCGUGGCGCUCCCUGGUGGAAGUCAUUCUUCACUGGUAAGAGCCCCAAGCUUGGUGGUAUUCCUCACGACCGCUACGGCAUGACCACACUCUCGGUCCGCGAGUACAUCAACGGAAUCUACCGCAAGCUCAAUCUCGACCCCAGCAAGGUCAAGAAGCUACAGACUGGAGGUCCGGACGGUGAUCUUGGUUCAAACGAAAUUUUGCUCAGCACGGAGAAGUAUAUUUCCAUUGUUGACGGAUCCGGUGUCCUGGUCGACCCCAAGGGCAUCAACCACCAAGAGCUGCUGCGACUGGCAAAGGAGCGCAAGAUGAUUGGCGAAUUUGAUGUCUCGAAACUUUCAGCAGAGGGCUACCGUGUUCUGGUUGACGACAACAACAUCAGGCUGCCAAACGGUGACCUUGUCUACAACGGCACCACCUUCCGAAAUACCUUCCAUCUCCGCAGCGACAUUCAGUACGACACCUUCGUUCCUUGUGGUGGACGGCCUGAGUCCAUCGACUUGACAUCGGCCAACAAGCUCAUUGUUGAUGGAAAGUCGGUCAUUCCAUACAUUGUUGAAGGCGCCAACUUGUUUAUCACACAAGAUGCCAAGCUGCGCCUGGAGAAAGCUGGUUGCAUCUUGUACAAGGACGCGUCAGCCAAUAAGGGUGGUGUUACUUCAUCAUCUCUUGAAGUCCUCGCAUCGCUGUCUUUCGACGAUGCGAGUUUCUUGAAGCACAUGUGUGUUGGCGAGGAUGGAACCGUCCCCGAAUUCUACAACAACUACGUCCGCCAGGUACAGAAAACUAUCCAGAACAAUGCUCGCCUUGAAUUCGAGGCUAUCUGGAGAGAGCACCAAGCUACCGGCCAGCCACGCAGCAUCCUGUCUGACACGCUCAGCAACGCAAUCACCAAGCUGGACGAGGAGUUGCAGAACACCGAUCUGUGGAACCAGGAUGAGUUCAGGAAGUCGGUUCUCAGCGAGGCGCUGCCGAACUUGCUUCUUGAGCAGAUCGGCAUGGAUAAGAUCAUGGAGAGGGUACCUGAGAACUAUCUCCGCGCCAUCUUCGGCAGCUACCUUGCCAGCCGCUUCGUGUACCAGUACGGUGUGUCAGCCAGCCAGUUUGCUUUCUUCGACUUUAUGAGCAAGCGCAUGGCGAAGCUGCCCAACAGCAAUGGUCACUGAUGUGGUCGAGGCUGUGAGUAACGAACAUGGAAGGCGUUUUUUGUGUUUUCUAUGGGGAGGUAUCUAAAAAGUCCGAUUACAUACACUUGGAUGGGGAGUGUCACUGGCAUGUGCACCACUGGCGCUUAAAGUACCUAAAAUUGGGCGGCUAUUCUGCUUGCCUUUACUAAGUGUGUAGAUUAAUUACGACAUCGUUGUUGCAUCAAA